UGAAUCCAUUGUGCUAGGGAGCUUUUGGAUUGUGCCAUUAUCACUGCCAGCCCAGGUAGAAAACUUCAGGUAUUGUUUCUGUUUACAAGAAGAAUCAUUAAAAAGAUCAUUCUCUUCCUUUGUGGCAGGUGUAUUUGUAUCUUUUACUGAAAGGUCUGAAAAGACAACCAUGUUCUCACAGAAAUCAGGCAACUGGCUUUCAGUUUUCCAGGAAGAAAUUUGAGAAGACCAAUGAAAAAAACUACUGAAUAACCUGAAGUACUGGUCUGAUACUGGCCACAGACUCCUCACUAACAGUAAAAGUCUCUUGAUCCCUCCUCACAGAGCACAUGGAACAGUCGGUCACUGGUUUGCAGGCCUUUUCCAAGGGUAAACAUAAGCAGAGAAACCCAUACAGACUGCUCAAUAUUCUUACACCUGUCAGAGGCAGGACUUUGGUUACCUGCCUGGUCCAUAGAUGAAUGUAGGUUACAGCCUUCUCCAGUCAUAUUCAACUAUUCCUAGAUCAUUGCAAAUAAAAUCAUAUUUUCUUGUAAUCAAAACAGAAUAGGGAAGGGGCACAAAUUUCCACCCUUGUCUGGCAGACAGAUAGUUCCGUUUGUUAGUAAAGAAGGAACCUGCGUUUGCAGCCACCAGAUAAUUCAGUGUUAAGAAACUACACCGAGCUGUUUCUUCUGCAUUGAGUGUAAUAGCGUGCCUGACCCGAGUGGCAGACCUAACUGCUCUCAGGUGACUGUACUCCAUACUUUCAUAGCAUGAGUCAAACCAUACGCUGAGUUUACCAUUAUUCACCACAGGUUAAGGCUGUCUGCCUAGUCUGGGCUUAGAAGGACAAGAGACACAAACUCGGGACCAAAGAAACAAGUUCUCUGAAUGACUAAAAACAACCUGUGCCUUUUCUCUCUUAAAAACUUUCUCCAAAUAAUUAUGUUAGGGAAUAACAAUAAUAACUAUUAUAAUCAUACGUAAAUCAUAAAAUAGCUGCUUCCUUCCAGCAGCUGCUCAAACAGUAUCAUGGGAAUCGUUAGGAAAAAAACAUUCCUUGGCUUAUGUCCCUGGCAGAAUUGGCAGCAUCCUCACCACGCAGGAGAUUGUCUCUUAAAAUGCUGGUCCAAACUUUAGUGCAUCCAUGGAGGAUCAAGCGUGCUGACUAAGCCUCUUACAUCGAAGAAAUGGUUCUGCUGGCGGCAAUAGCAGAAGUGCUGUUGGUUCUGGGUCUGGCUAUGGAGUCAGACUCCCUCUGCCCACCCACUACCUUUUACAAGAACUGCUGGAUCCGACGCUUCCCAGGUCUUCUGAUUGACCUGCAGGAAUCACAGAAAAGGGGAGCCCAGGUGCUGAAGAUUUACGCAGAAGUCUCACCCCAACAGUGCAGCAGAACCUGCUGCCUUCUGAGGAAUGUUUCCUGCAAUCUAGCAGUGUUCUACCAUGGAGCCAUUAAUGAGAAUAUGAAUUGCCUGCACAUGUCUUGCCCAGCAUUGGAAAGUUGCAUACUAAAGGCUAGAAUCAAUGUCAUUUUGUACAACAUCACAAAAGGGAUUGAUCCAGAUCUUCUUAUUUUUGAAAAACUGACAUCCAAAGAGCCAAGACAUCACACCUCACCAAGUAAAUACGAAAGGCAAAAUGGGACAAAGACCACCGAGUGGGAAAGAUGCCAGCACCAUAAUGCCACAUCAAGUUCUCUUCUGCUCCAAGCUCCAUCUUCUACCACUAGCCAUGGCUUAACAGCAAACACUUACACCUCCAGCACAAGCCUGAUGGUCCAAAAAACGGAAGUUACUGCUUAUUCCAGGGCAGAAACUUUUUCACCAACUGAUCAUUUUGCUAAGGGAACAAGCACAACUUUGGUAAGGACUAGGUCAAUCACCAGCUCAGACAAGCAGACUGCAUACUCAACUUUGAUACCCAAGUCUGCCGAGGUAUUAUCCCACAUGCCCACUCCUCCUCGUCUGAACGGCAGUAAGCAACACUUAAAUGAAACCAAAGGCUACAGCGGCAGGAACUAUACUUCAGAUAACGAUGCACCUGCUUGGGAAGCUGCACCUUUGGGUGUCUGGUUGAUUCCCAUUGUUCUCUGCUCUUCUCUCAUCUUCCUUUGCUGUUGCACCGUUGCUUUCACAGCGGGGCGCUGCAGCAAUAGGAGGGGUCAGUAUAAGCCCAUAAGGAGAAGAACCACCAUGUUGCGACACUUCAUAAAAUAUACUGCUGUCAAAGGUAAUUUGUAAAAUACUGUCAUCAUCCUUGUUUUGGAACAAAUAGCUUCUUAAAAAUUAACUGUACAUACCAGCUUGUUUCUUUUACAGAACCAAAGAUAAUUUUUUUUUCACUGAUGGUUUCAGAACCUUUCAGUUCUUUUAAUUCUUGACAGCUGAAAAACAAUUCCCAUCUCUUUGGGUAAGAAGUACACACUCCUAGCUCCUGCUGCAUGCUCAGAGGUGUUCAAGCACAUUUUGGUUCAUAACCUGCCCCAGACUAAUGCCUAACAAACAUACACCUUCCUUAACUUAGAGCAGAUUCACUGCAGCUGUACCCAUCCUCUCCUGACUUCGAACUAACCUGAGAAAAUUAAGUGUAGGUGUAAUCAGCAAAACUGACCGAAGUUUUAUACUAUCACAAAUUUUUUUAACUCUAAUCAUCCUUUAAUUGCCUCAGAUCUCACUGUUUCUAUAAAAACUAUUUUUCUUCAACUAAGUUCUGUAUCUCCCUUUUCCUCCAAUUAUCCCUAAUACUGAGACAAAACAAUUUAGCCAGCACUUUUUACUUCAAAUAAAAACAUUCAAAAGAUCGCAAGUCCCCAAAACUACUGAAUUCCAUUAACUCAUACCCAAACAUCUGAACAUUCAAUCUUUAUGCUUUGCUUUUACCCCACUUCUCACUGUACUCUUCUGGUAACAAUCACUUCAAAUGUUUUUCAAGCCCCUCCAGAAGCACCUUCAGACUUCAGCUGCUUUUGUAAAGUCACUUGCUCUAUAUUGACACUGACAAAUCUAUUCUGUUAUUGGCUAAGGAAAAUACAAAUGCAGCUAAUAUUUGUUCAUGCCUUGCAAUUAGCAUCACUCUGUGCUGUCCGCUUUGACUUGCUUUUUCCUAACCUACUCAUAUUUAUCAUUUACAUAAUUAGCUUUUUAAAAUAGGGACAGCCAUUUAAUGUAUGUUGCACAGGAAUACACAAAAAGGGUUUUGAAAGCUCUGUAAGCUAGCUUUAUAAUAAAACCCUUUUUUUGUUUCCUCAUCCUGUAUACUCUUAUUCAUAAAAGUGCUCCUCCUGAAUAUAAAUCAAGUGACUAGAUCAACAAAGUAGCAAGGUAUUUCCUUGCCUUACCUUGCCCAGGAAGUUUGCUUAGCAAAGCAAACAUUUCCAACAGUACCAGGAUUGUUCUUCCUCUUUUAAACUUGUUGAUGUCUCAGUUUCUCACUUUCUUCAUUGCUGUAAGAAGUUUCUAUUUCCCACACAAGUGUAAAUGUUAUAAAAGGAAACAAUAAAAAAAUAAAACUGAUUGUCACGUCUAUGUGGCAGGAAAUUAUUUUAAAACUAGUAAGAUCCAUGCAGUGUUCAAAGACUACAGUGAUGAAGUUGUAAGGCCACAUGAAUAUCUAAUUACAGUUGAGCAGGUUGGUUUCAGAGGAAAAGAGCUCUCUAAAAUUAUAUUUAACCCACAUUGAUCAGCACCGUAGCUUAGAAAACUGAACUUUAACACCCCCCCUUGUUUAUAGUAUUUGAUUGACCUUGUAUGCUAAUUUGUAUGUAAUAGAAGACCAACUGCCACAAGGUAACACUUUAAAAGAGUGGGGUUAUUUGAUCAGUUGAAAUUACACAAAAGAAAUUCCUUCUAUUUUAGCUGGAAAAAUUAGAAUUAGGUAUGCUUUGUUUUUAAGGGCAGUCUAUGCUUAUAUGUGAAGUGAUACAAAUUCCAGAGAUUUACUCACUGCACGAAGUACUUUAAAUCUAAACAAGCCAAAUUCUAUCAUCAAAUUGCAUUCUCCCAAUUAAUCACGUGGCUGAAUCUAGCACACAUUUUAACUGUCACUAAAAAUUUCAACUAAGAAUGACGAGACCCCAACGGCUCUUCUGCAUUAGAGGAAGUUGGCAGGUAUUCUUCUCCAGGUUUUUAACAUGAAAAGGAAAGGAACUAGGAGAAAGGAACCAAGAUACACUAUAUUGUAUCAGAGGAUGAAUGUGGUGAUAUUGUAAAUUAAUGUAUGUCUCAUGUGAUGUGCUCAUCAUCUUAGGGUAAUCUUCAUGGAUCUGCCUCCAGAAUGGAAAAGUCUAGGGUCUAGCAUUUCAUUAGGAAACAAAGGCACAUGUAUAUCAGAGGAGGAACUCAGUUCCUCAACCUGUAGAUGACUGUGACGCGCUUUACAUCCUUUCUCCACAUACACUGCAAAUCGUGAUGUGCACUGAGACUGUCGGUACGCUCUUUUUUAGACUAGAAGCUGCAGAACAUGUGGAUUGUCUUUGUACAGUACUGUACCAACCAUUGUCUGUCAAAUUGUGAAGGAAAUGUUCAUGGCCAAGUGAGCCACCCUUCUGUUCAAGACACAUGCAAGCACAACUCCAUUUAUAAAGUCUUAACCAGAAAACAUAAAGUUUGCAAGUUCAUGUUCUGAUCUCUACCACAGAUAACAUACAGAUACUUCACAAUUAUGACAAUCAAAUCAAAUACAUAAACCAAUCUCAUUAACUACAUGCUCCAAGUCAAAGUUGUGGUACUUUUCCUCUCACUCAUAUUGAUAACGGGCACAUUUUGUCAUAGGAUUCUCCCACAAAACACUAGCUAGCAUUGUCGCGUCAAUUUGCAAUGAAAGUGCUUUUUAAAUUAUUUUUUUCUCCCAAUAAUUUUUAAAGUCAUGUAGUCAAGAAAAACACAUUUUAAAACCAACUUACACUUAAAAUGUAAAGAUAUAUCAAAAGCCAAUCUAAAAUCCAGCUAGUUACCUGACUGCUUGUCUACUUGCUACUACAUGAAUAAACAUCCCAUGUAAUGCAGUAAUACAGAAGUGUCUUAUGAAAUCGUCUCAUUGUUUGCAAUGGUCAAAACUAUCAAUGCGGUAAAGUGUAAGUUUGCUGCCAAAGAAAAGCUCAGCUAAAAACGCACUUUGAAGAACAUUGCAUUUUUUAUAUGACAAAGAGCUAAAAAGCCUAAAACUAAACUCAGAAAAAUGCUUUACAUGAGAACUAGAUCUGCGCUCUGUGAUGCCUUUCUUCAGGCUGAACAGAGCCAUUAAAAUUCUGCUUGUGUUCACUUUAUAGACUCAAUUGCACCCAAGGAGAUGUUACUUGAGAAAGUAAGGCAUUUCAAACUGCACAAACUUUCAAGACCCUGCAGCAGUGAAUUCCAAAUAUAGUUUCUCCUGAAAAUCAGAGCAUACUAAAGUUAUUAUUGCUACAUAACUGCAUAUAGUUUUUAGGAUACAGAAAUCACAUGCAGGCAGCUCAGUCCAAUUCAGGUAGAAAAAUUAUGUUCUGUUUGCAUAAAAAUUGCCCCAUAGUUUCAGCUGGAUAACAUGUUUCAGUUUUCUUGGCCUAGGGUUUUGCCAGGCAUUGCUGAAUAUUGGUUAUCUGCAAUUACAGAAGGAUCCACAUUGUGUGUUACAAUUAGUUGUUUCAUACUGUCCAUUUUUUUAAUUUGAAUAUAAAUUUAUUUUGUAGUUUUAAGACACGAUAGUGCACAGCAGCUCCUUCUCCCUGCUUCUCAUAGUUAAGGUCUGCAGAACUUUUUAACAGUUUGAGGCAGCCACAUUGUAACACAAUGCCCUUUAUGCAUUAAUUUAUCAUACUGAGAACAAUGCAUUUUUGAUUUAACUUAAUAUUUAAUCAUGCACAUAAAAUAGGGGAAGAUGCUUAAAUCUGUAAUAUAUAUAUAUAUAUUUCUAAUCUACUGUUGAACUUGAAGCCACAGAAGCAAGAUCAUUGUAUGUCUAAGGCAACAAAGCUCUUGCAGUAUCAACACUGGAAACAUUCAAGACAGGAAACAGAAGUAAAGGUGAACACAGGACAUCCCCUCUCUCUUCUUCCUGUACCAUCAAGAUAUUACUGUUCUCAGAUAAAUAUUAUGCAAUUCAACUGAAAACUGACAGGUCCUAACAUAUUGCAAUACCUUCAUUAUACAAGCCUUGCACUAAUUUCAUUGUCCUCAAGUCCUUAGUAUCCAUUCUUAUCCUGACUUUUCCUGUUCAGGCUGGGCUGCUACCUAAAUGUCCCACAAAACACCUGCUGAUGGUCUGCAGUGCUGCAAACUCAGUAGUGUUUGGCCUGCUCCAGCUUGUUUAAGUCUUCUUCUGCUGUAAGUGAUCCUCCACAGCAGCUUGAUUCAAGAACAAAGAAGAAAAGCUAUUUUUAAGGGACGGAUACUAAUAGAUUUUUCUUAAAAAAGGAAAUCAACUACCAAAAAAGCUAAAACUUGCUAUUCUUACACCAAGGAUGACAUAUACCUACAAAUGCAAAGACUAGCAAAGAAAUCCUUUCACUAGACGGGAUACACUCCAACAUGCCAGAAACACAAAUCUCUGCAAGAAGGCAUUAGUUUUAAAUAGGAAUCACAGGUAAUAACUAUUUGCCUUCAAACAGGUGGUUUUCCCACCUCCUUUACAAAAGUAGCUUCUAUCUGAUUGAUCAGUUGUGUGAUCUGCAGCAAGUCACAGUCAUCCCUGGUGUCCAUAGUUUCAUCGUCACCAGAUUAGUGCCUGCAUAGUCACUUAAUAGCACCUUGAUGCUUUUCUGAAACUUGCCCUCAAUAUUACGUUCUGUAGAAUCAUACAAUCUGUACUCACCAGAAGAACUGAAAAAACGUUAUCUGUCCCAUGCACAAAUGCUUCUAGGGCACAAUGGAAUGACUCAGAUAUAUAAUGAGAUCAUGCUCUAGUCUUGGUUUGUUGUCAUAUAGAGAAAAAAAUAGGCAGGAAAAGGGUUAUAUAAAGCACGGUAGGACUCUUAUUAUACACUAGGAGGGUCACAACAAAAUAAAUACAUACAUUUUAAGUAUAAGGGAAAACAAGAAAUGGGUAGAAAGAUGGUCUGUCCAGACAGCACAUCCCUUUUCAGGCAACUGUCCCUUUAUCCCCUACCUGUGCUUGUAGCAAUGCUAUGCAUGAAAACAGGGCAAAAAGUGUCAGCUCUGGUCAGGAGUAUAAACUAGUUCCCUGAAGACCAUGAGAUUAUCUGUAGGGGUUUACCAACUCUUCACAGCCAGCCAGUCACAUUCAG